GCUUGGCUUCGUUUCGCUGCUCCCCACAUGCCCAGUCACUCAAGUGGUAUUUUAGAUAACAAUUUAUUGAUUGGGCUGGGUAUUCAACCUACCUCAAGGUCUCACACUGCUUCAAGAUUGGUUCUAUGGCAUCCCCCAAUUUCUCCAUGGGUUCAACUUAAUACUGAUGGCUUGGCUAAGGGUAAUCCUGGGCCUGCAGCUUGUGGUGGUGUGUUUAGAGAUGGUACUGGUCAUUACAUUGGUGGUUUUUGUCAUGGACUAGGUAACCAAACUGGUUUCUUUGCCGAAUUAAUGGGAGUUAUUCUUGGGAUUGACUAUGCUUUUCAGUUUGGUUGGCGCUAUAUUUGGCUUGAGAGUGAUUCUACUAGUGUUCUUGCAUGCAUUACCUCCUCUUCCUUCUCUCCACCAUGGCCUCUUCGUAUUGCAUGGUUAAAUUGCUUAUCACGCAUCUGAUUGAUGUCCUUUUAUUGCUCUCAUGUUCUUCGUGAAAGGAAUAUUGUUGCAGACAGAAUGGUGAACUUGGGUUCGGCUUCUUCUUCGUUGGUAUGGCAUGAGGUUCCACCGCCUGCUCUCUCUCUUUUUCUUCGAAUGGAUGACUAGGGUUUUCCCUAUUAGCGUGAUUCCUAAAAGUUGGUGGACUCAUGGUUCCAUUGAAGCAAGGAUUUACUGCAACACCACAUGUUUAUGGUUAUGUUGUAACAUUUUUACAGUAGCAGAUGAAAUUCAGUUUUUCCAUCUUUUAUUUUUUCUGCAUUGUACUUGGGGGUACUUUUUUGUCCCAUGUUUUUGUAAUUUUAGCUUUUUCAUUAAUAAAAUUUUACAAUAAGGGGACGGGCGGUGGGUUUCCAGAAUGUGGUAUAUAUGCCCCUCUUCUUUAGGAUUGAGGGUGGGACUUGUUUUCUACAUUGUCUACCUCCGAGGAACUAAUAUUGCCUAAUCCCUUAUCGGUUUAAAAAAAAAAGGGUCAAUACAGACAACGAGUUCACUGAGAGGGUGGUGGUGUGAUAAUUAGUACUAAGCUGGCCAGCUUUUUCUCUCCAGCUAGUCAAAUCAAAACAUUUACUUUGUAGUUGAGAAUUGAUGAGGUGAGUAACUGAGCACUUGAACAAGUGAAAAAGUAACUGGCCAGCUAGUUUCCGGUUGCCCGCAUUUACUCACUAAAGCUCUGCUUCUGAACUUAGACGAUGGCUUCUUCGUAUCUUCGCCGGAAAUGUGAUGAUCACCGGCCAAGAUCGUCUUCCACCACUCCCCGGCGUUUUCUCACGGUUAUUUCAGACGACACUUCCAGAGACAGAAAGCUCGGGAUUCCAAAGAGCUUUUUGGAUAAAUAUGGAGAAGAUCUAUCAAAUCUAGUAUACUUUAAGCUCCCAUGUGGUCCAGAAUGGGAAAUAGGACUCACAAGCUACAAUAAAGAGGUUUGGUUUAGGAAAGGCUGGCCAGAGUUCUCUAAGUUUCACUCUCUUGAGAAAGGCUACUCGCUACUUUUCGGGUAUGAAGGGGAUUCUAGGUUUCAGGUUUCCAUAUUUGAUGGAAGCAACAACAUGGAGAUUGACUAUACCACAAGCAUGCUCGAAAGUGAAGAAGGUGAUCAAGAUGAUGAUAUAUCUCUUGAGAUCUCAGAGGAUGUUCGACGAACUGCUCUGUCUCACAAGCAAAACAGAACAGUUUUGAGUCCUAAAGCAGAAAUCAAUGUCAAUUUUGAGGAGCGUGUGAAGAAAGAGACACAUUGGUCAAAAUCAGAUAUGAAAACAGGGAAACAUGAUUUUCCAGCGAAAAGAGAUGGGGGAGGCACAUCAAGCACUCAAAGAUGCCGAAAACAGACACCAAGAGUUUUUAGGAGAGCUAAAUCUUACAAGCGUUCUUUCAAAGUUCCCAUGCAUAGCUCUUAUAUCAUUCAAAAAAAUUUGUGGCUGCCUAAAACGUUUGUCCAGACACAUCUUCUUAUGCAGCCUAGUAAUGCUAUACUUCAAGUUUCGGGUAGAAGGAAAACUUGGCCUGUUAAAUUGACAUAUGAAGAAACAAAAGGAAGAGCCAAAUUUCAGUCUGGUUGGACUAACUUUGUGAGAGACAAGAAUAUAAAAGAUGGAGAUGUGUGUGAGUUUGUGUUGAUUGACAGCAACAGACUUGUAUUUGAAGUUAGGAUAAAUACUGCAAAUCGCACCUUAUCACCAGGGCCUGCAGACAUUGAUGAUGGUGAUGAUGAGGAUGAUGAAGAUGAAGAUGAAGAUGAAGAGGAUAGUGAUGAUGAAUCAAUUGAAAUCUUGGAUCAUUUUCCACCUCAUCUGAAAAGAAAGGAGAAAUCUCCAUUGGCAUCCAAGAUUCAUAAGAGAAUGAGACCUAGUUCCAGAACUCAAAAAUUCACUGAAGGAGGACCUGAGGUUCCUAGGAAGAUGCCUGGUCCUGUUAUGGCAAGUUAUGGAAAAUACAUAGCUCUUCAGAGAGCUAAUGGUUUCAAAUCUGCAAACCCUGAUUUCAGGAUUUCAUUACAUUCCUCGUAUAUCACUGGACAUUAUUUGUAUUUGCCAGCCAAGUUUGCCAAUAGAUAUCUUGUUAAGCAGCCUAGACAUGCCAUCCUUCGGGUUGCAAGUAAAAGAACUUGGUCUGUCAACUUACGUUAUACUGCAGCAAGAACCACAUUCCAAACUGGUUGGUUUGAAUUUGUGCAAGAUAAUGAUUUGAAAGAGGGUGGUGCUUGUAUUUUCAUGUUGACCGACAACAUCCAGGUUGUAUUUGAUGUUGUCUUUUUCCGAGCCACAUAGAAGCUACAUAGUUCACCUGGUCCCCUGCAGGUAAGUAAAUCUGCUGGGGUAGUGAAUAUGUGCUCCAUCAAGUCUGCCGUUUUUGUUCUUUUCUUUUUAGUUUCAGGGGAAACCGACCCAAGGAUGAAAUCAAGUUGAAAAGCAUCUCUAUCGUGUUUUGAUUUGUCUUCCCUAAAUUGAUGUUCUGAUCUUAUUGCUCUGUAGGAGCCACUAGGAGGUCUAGUGCUGGUGUUUUGAUAUCCAACUUGGAACAGUUUAUCUGAAAAUGCA